UAUACCAUUUUAUAAAAUUGUUUAACUUUUUAGAAUUUUAACUAAAUUAAGUUUAGGCUUUGAAUCAUCUAGAUAAACAAGAAUACAACAUUUAAAAAAAAAAAAUUUCUCCCUUGUUUCUACAGGCCGUAGCUGAACAUCAUGUGCGCAAAAAAUAAAGAAAGUAUAGAAAAUAUGAAGAAAACUUUGCAGCAUCCUUAAUCAUAUCAAUAAUAAAAAAAGUCCAAGACAACAUUUUCCCUCAUAAAAAAAAACUAAACUAAACUACAAUAAAACAAUUUCUAGAAGUGCAAGCUGAAUGGCAUGAUUGGAAAGCUCUCUUGUCAUCUAUUGGAAAACAGUUAUUGAGCAAAAUUUUAUUGGUUAAAUUAAAUUAUAUCAUAGAACAUUAAUCAAAUGAAUUGGACCUCUUUCCAGGUCAGCCCAUGUAUGCCUCUUGUCCUUCGCACUCAGAAUUAGAUGAAUAAAAAAAAUAAUAUCUUUCAGGUCAUCGCAUGCAUGCCUCUGGCCUUUUGCAUUGAGAAUUAUGUGAAUAAAAACUUUUCCCACUCCUUUCAUAGUCUAUAGUAAAAACAUCUUGCUAAUUCACGGACGAAAUCGACUAUCUACUCUUAACAAAAUGCAGUAGCAAGUAGCAACACUUCCUCUAAGCUCUAACCAAAAACCGAACCUAAGCAAAGCAAAACAAAACAAAACAAAACAAGAAGCGAGUGUUCACAAUGGCUUUGUCGUGUCUCACUCUCAGUCUCAGUGGCAAUCCUUCUUCCCUCAUCUUCAAAUGCAAAGCCUCCCUCCCCACCGCCCUCCACGCCCUCGACGCCGCCCACAUCCGACGCGCCGCCCUCCUCGCCGACAAGUCCGCCGGCUUCACCUCCCCCCACCCCAACUUCGGAUGCGUCAUCGUCGCCCCUUCCGGCCACGUCGCCGGCGAGGCCUACCUCUACGCGCAGGGCACCGCCGCCGCCGAGGUGCAGGCCGUCGCCGCCGCUGCCGAGAGCUGCCGCGGCGCCACCGCCUACCUCAACAUGGAGCCCGGCGACUGCCACGGCGACCACAGCGCCGUGUCCGCUCUGCUCCAGGGAGGGGUGAAAAGGGUUGUGAUUGGAAUGAGGCAUCCCCUGCAACAUCUCCGUGGCAAUGCUGUGAGGGCACUCAGAAAUCAAGGGUUGCAUGUUGACCUUUUUGGAGAGGAUCUCACUGGUAAUCUCAUCGAGGAAGCCCAGAAAGAGUGUCUUCUUGUCAAUGCACCUUUGAUUUGUAGAGCUGCUUCACGUGUUCCCUUUUCUGUUCUCAAGUACGCAAUGACCCUUGAUGGAAAAAUUGCUGCUAGCUCUGGCCAUGCAUCAUGGAUAAGCAGCAAGCAGUCUAGACAUCUAGUUUUUGAGUUACGAGGUAGAAGUGAUGCCAUUAUUGUUGGGGGGAAUACAGUUCGAAUGGACAAUCCAAGACUAACGGCCAGACAUGGAGGAGGGCAUAUGCCAAUGCGAGUUGUAAUGUCCCAGACUCUUGAUCUUCCAGAGGAAGCAAAUCUGUGGGACAUGUCUGAGGUUUCUACCAUAGUUGUAACACAAAGGGGUGCAAGGAGGAGUUUCCAGAAGCAGCUUGCAUCUAAAGGAGUUGAGGUUGUGGAGUUUGACAUAUUGAAUCCCCGAGAAGUUAUGGAGUAUUUCCAUGAUCGUGGUUAUCUUUCAAUUUUAUGGGAAUGUGGAGGAGCACUGGCUGCAUCUGCUAUUUCAUCUGGAGUAAUUCACAAGGUUUAUGCUUUUGUUGCUCCUAAAAUUAUUGGUGGAAAGAAUGCACCAUCUCCCGUGGGUGAACUUGGGAUGGUUGAGAUGUCACAAGCUUUAAAUCUAAUUGAUGUUUGCUAUAAACAGGUUGGGCCUGACAUGCUUAUUAGUGGAUUUCUUCAGCCCUUACCAGACAUCAUACCUGUAAUCCCAUCACGUGAUGAAACUUUUGUCGUGGAUCCUACUGUCUCACCUGAGUCAAGGAUCAUAUUUUUCUAUAAAGCAUGGGAUCCUUACGGUGCAUUGUCAAAUUUCUCUCCUCAUCCCAUUCAAAUGCUUGAUGAAAAUGGUGAUUAUGUGACUUGGUUGACUGUUGAGCAUUACUACCAGGCACACAAGUUUUUUGGGGUGAAUGAUCCUUUGGCACAAGAUUGUGUUGAAAGGAUUAAAUCUGCAAAAAGUCCAGAAGAAGCUGCAAGAAUAGGAAGGUCAAUGCAAAGGCUGAAACCUUAUCUGAUAAACUCUGACUGGGACAACAUAAAGAUUGAUGUCAUGUACAAGGCACUGAAAUGCAAGUUCUCAAUGUACCCACAUUUGAAUUCUAUGCUGCUCUCUACUGCUGGUUCUGUUCUAGUUGAGGCUUCACCUCAUGAUCUGUUUUGGGGCGGAGGUCGAGAGGGAGAAGGCUUAAAUUAUCUUGGCAGACUGUUGAUGAAAUUGAGAUCAGAGUUUCUUGGGGAAUCUUCAUCAUCAAGUGAGACAUCUAGUUUAACUGUGUAGUGGUUUCAAAUUUCAAAGAAAAGAGUAACAAUAUUUUGAUAUAGAAUUGCCAAAACUGUUUGUUGUGCAACAUGUCAUGGACAAAACCAUGUCACCAUCUUGUUAGUUUACUGAUAUUUUGCUCAGAGGGACUUCCAUUCAAGUCUUCAGCUAUGUUCCAAUUUUACUUUA